AUGGGCGACGCGUUUGUCUUCGGCGAUGACGUGGAGUCGCCGCUGUCGAAGCCAUCGAUGCCGCUGCUGUGGGAAGACGAGGAGGAGAAGCCGUGGGUGGACCGUGAGAUCGAGGGCAAGAGCAAGUUCAGGCAGAAGCUUCUCAUGGAACAGGCGAGCGAAGAAGAGGAGUUCAGAGUGAAGGAGGGCCUGAAGCCCAAGGCCAAAAAGCGAGAAGCCGACGUGGUAGAGAGGGUGAUCGAGCAAGCGAAAUCCUUGCAGAGGAAGGAGAAGGUCGGCCGCAACUCGGCGAGGACGAAAGAUGAAGCACAGCAGUCGAACGAACGUAAGAGCCAUGCAGACGCGAAACGAGAGCCUGUGAAGACGGCUGAGAAGAAGGCAAAGCAUACUGACGCGAGGCGAGAACCUCCGAGAUUAAACGAGAAGAAGGACCGGCAUGGGGAUAGCAGGGACGAGCGGGAACCCGACGGCGAGACGAAAAAACCGGAUGUGGAAAAACAAGCGGAAGCGAACGAGAAGAAGCAGAGUGUCGUCGACAGACCACGCACGCCCGAGCCUGUCGAGGAAAAAAUGGAAGUCAACGUGGAGGAGCCGCAAGAGUUGUGCAGCGAGUCGGCGGAGAGCGACGGCCUGGACGCCAUUGUUAAGGUGCCGCGAGAGCUGCGUGGGCUGGAGAUGUGGGCGCAGGACAUGCAGCCGAGUCUCGGAUCUCUAGCGACAGGCCGCUACAUGGCGCGCCGCUCGCGCGACACGUCUCGAGACUCGGAGAAGGAGGAAGCCGAGGCAGAGAAGCCGUCCCACCAGCGGAGGAGGUCCGAUUGCACGGCGAAACAGCGCGAGGAUGCGAGCGACGUGUGCGAGCGAGCGAAGGAGGGAUCGCGGGAGCGCAGGUCGGAGCGCGCGGGCGCGCGCGCCGCUGCUGCCGGCAAGGAGAACAAGAGCCGGGCGGCGGCGACGACGGCGCGUCGGCCCGCGAGUAAGGACGAGCCACCUGACAGCUCGCCGGGUCCGCCUGAGCUGCAGUCCCCCUACUCGUCGCUGCCCUCGUCACCCGUCCUCAGCCCGCCGCUGCUGCCCCUCAAGGAGCUCGGCUCGGUCGGCGGAUCGUCGGGACCGCCGAGCCUCAAGUCGCAGGUCGUCGAGUCGUCGCCCCGGCCCCUGGUGGCUGUGGAGGCGGACGCCGGUGCCGCGGAAAAGAACGACGUCGCCAUGGAGACGGACGAUGCUGCGGCGGCAGAAAAUGACGUUGCUGCGGAAGCCGUCGCCACGGAAGCGAUGGAUGCUGCUGUGGAGAAUGGCGACGAAGCGAACUACGGCACAUCAUCGGCGCCGGCGACGCCCGACGCCUUCGACAGCGCGCAACCAGAUGCGUCGCCUGCCGCAUUCAUUCCGACCUUCAAGGAGGUCACGUCCGCCGGCAGCGAUAGCGAGAAGGCCGACAAAUCGGCGAAGGGCGGCUUCAAGUCGACCUUCAAGGAGAUCAUUCCGCCGCAGACGUCGACGCCGGGCACGACGCCGAACUCCGAGCUCAUCGCCGCGGAGACGGUCAGCGAGGCGCCGGACCGCGCCGCGCCGCAUCCUCCGUUCACGGCGGAGGCGGACGCGGCGUCGCCGCAGCAUGCGCCGUUCAACGCGGGCUUCGCGAAUCUAGUCGCAGCGCAUCAGCUGGAGCAGCAGCAGCAGCAGCAGCAGCAGCAGCCUCCGCCGUUCUUCAAGGCAGAGCUUGAGCCGCGGCCGCCGCCGUCGCCGCCGGACAUUGCCUGCGUGAACAAGCUGAUGCAUUACCAGAACGCGGCGCCGCGCAUGGCUGACUUCGGUCACCCGUUCGGCGCCGUGCCGUUCCCUCGCUUCCCGCCGGCGUCGUCCGACGCGCUCCCGUUCGAGUUUCCGUCGGGCCUGCAUCAUCCUGGUCAGUUGGGGGACGCGCGCAAGCUGGCACACUUCCCCGAGCCGCCGCCCGCCACCGGCGACUACUGGAGCCAGGAGCGUCUGUUCGGCGAACAGCUGCCAGCACUGCAGCGGCCCUCGUUCAGCCAGCCGUUCCCGGGCAUCGUCGGCGGACAGGUGGCGCCGGCGGCGAGUAAGUUUGCUGCCGGCGGGUACCUCGGCGAGCGGAUGCCCGCGCCGGGCGGCGGUGGAGGAGACGCGCAGUUUCCAGCACCGCCGUCGUUCAGCGACGUGCCGCCGUCCAUCCAGGACACGCUGCAUCAAGCCGCCGGCGUGCGCAAGGAUGCUUCCCAGCAGGAGCAGCGCUUUCUCUCCGGCUUCCGCGACAUGCAGGAGGCAAGCAAGAUCUCACCGCCGGUCGUGCGCGCGCCAGGCAUGUUCAACUACAACGUCGGCGGCGGCGGCGGUGGUGACUACGGCAAGGUGCCGUCUCACGCGCCGCCCGCGCCCUCCGACAAGUACCUGCCGGGGGCGGCGGCAGCGACGACGACGUCGGACCAGGACCACGACCAGGAGACCGCAAAGCUGCUGCAGCGGCUGCGUGGCUCCGUGCCGUCGUUCAGCACCAAGCCGGAGGCGCUCGCGGCUGCUGCACAGCCACCUGAUCUCAAGGAGGUGGCGUCGCCGCCGGUGGCCGCGCCAGGAAAGACCGGUGUGAACACACUAGCGGCGUUGCAUGCGCCCGCAGCCGCCGACGCCCUCACGCAGGUGGUGCCGCCUGUUGUGACGCCGGUGACGAAGUCGCCUCGCCAGCGCUCGUCGCCGAAGUGCGCGCGUCACAGCGCCGGGGCGUCGCCGCGCGAGCGCAAGCCCAGCAUAACGUGGUCGGAGGCGAAGAAGCUGAAGCAGCGGUCGCGCGACGCUCUGCCGGCGCCCUGGCGCAAGGACAACAAGAAGCAUGCGUCGCCGGCGCGGCAGCGGGCGAGCCGCCGGCGCGUCGAGGCGAUCAAGCGUGCGGAGAGCCUGUCAAGCGAGUUUGUCAAGCAGAACCACCUCGAGUCGGACCCGUACCUGUUCAGCGAGGAACUCGGCGACGACUUUACGAUCGGGCCCGUCGUAACCGAGCCUAGCUGCUCCCCGCCGCUGCCUCUGCCGCCGCCGACGCAGCCAGACGCAGCAUCGAAUGGCGUACCAUCAGCCGACAGCAGUCUGGACGCGCCGCGUGGGGGUGUCGGCGCCGACGACGGGGCAGUCGCCGCGCCGCCGCCCGACGACGCGUCGGACCGACUCGGCCUGCGCAGCUUCCGCUUCAAGCUCGACCGCAUCGUCAACCGGCAGAACGACGCCACGUGGUCUGUGACACCGCACGUCGACUGCGGUGCCCCCGCGCGGCCGUGCGCGGACGGCGUUGCCGCGGCGCCUCCGCUCGAUGCUACGCAGCACGGCUCGAACAACCUGCCGCUGCGGGACGGUGGUGAGCGGCGGCGUGCGCGGCCCAGCGACGCAAAGGACGUUGAGAUCCGCGUCUGCCGGCUCUCGGACAAGACGUGCGACUACCGCGGCGUUCACCUGCAGACGAAUAUCAGCGUUGACGAGCCCGUCGCCGCGGCAAUGAAGCCUCCGCCCGCGGCGCCUGCCGACACGAGGCCGCACGGCGGCGAGAGCCUCAAGCUGAUCGUGAAGCGCGACGGCAACUCCUACUCGACGGUGGAGAGCCCGUCUGUGAAGACUGCGGCCGUGGCAGCGGCGGCGGCAGCGGCGGCGGCGGCGGCGGCGGCCGCUGCAGAGGCGAAGGUGGAGCCGAGCGUGAAGCGUGUUGUCAUCAAUGACAGCGAGUAUCUGAAGCCAUUCAAGAAGCGCAAGUACGAGACGGUGCCGCACACGCCGCCCGCCGCCGAGCUGCCGCCGCCGCCAGCGUCGCUGCAGCCGACGAAGCCGCCCGCGGUCGCCACGGCGACGGCGAACCACGCGCCGAGCACGUUCGUGCCGCCGCCGCGAACCGAGCCGGUUAGCAGUGCCAAAGCUGGUCCGAAGCUGAUGAUCUCGCCGCCGCUGAAGCUGCGGGUGAAGCGUGAGGGCAACAAGUACUCAGCGUUCGACCCGGUAGCCUUCAGCGAGGAGAAGUUCCGACCGAAGCCGGACGCGCCGGCGUCCGAGGAUCGGCCGAAACUGUCGCUCAAGCUGAUCCUGCGCCGCGAGGGCAAGAAGACCUACUACACGCUCGACGGCAGCAGCGAGCAGACGGGCGGUGGCGGCGGCAAGCGGUCGCGCGGCCGCCCCAAGGGCAGCCGGAAGCGUCGCUCGAGCAAGUCAGCGGCGCGGGCCGCCGCGGCGACGGCGCGGGGCCCGGGGCGGCCCGGCAAGGCGGCACGCGCGAGCCAGCCACCGUCGGAGCGCUACUCGUUUCGGCAGCGCAACAACAACGAGGGUGAGGAGGUGGAAAACAGCAACGCAGGCAGCAAUCUGGAUGCAGAAAACUUGACCAACGGUCCAAUUUCGAGCUAA